AUGUCAAUAUAUAAUUUAUGUGAUAUGUCUGAACCAAGAAAAUAUCGUGUCGUUUAUCCUAAUUCUGCUACUGGUAGCAUGGAUUUUAUAAACGAUAAUAAACCUUUAGUUUAUUCCAUGGUUAUGAAAUAUUGUGAUGAAAUCGAUCAAACUAUUCUUAAUUCUGCUAUGAAGUCAAUGAAAUGGGAUUCAUAUAUGACUAAUGAAAAGAUAGAUUUCGAAAGUUUAACCAGGGAUCUUGCAACAUUAUCAAAUUAUGACCCAUUAUUCAAUGAUAUUGCGGAGUUUUUUAAAUUUGUCAAAAUACAUAGUGAAUCAUUACAAAGUAUUGUUGAUACAGUCAAAGAUUUUACAUUGGAAUAUACAGCACUUAAUCUGUUUUAUGAAUCGUAUUUAUUGAGGACACAUGAUAAAAGAUUAAUUGAACGACCUUUAUAUUUGUAUUUGAGAACUGCAGUUUUUAUUAAUCUUCGGUCUAAGAGGAAUAUAAUUUCAAAUAUUAGUACCACGUUUCAAAUGUUAGUAGAUAGGGUGAUGACGUUUGCAUCACCAGUAUUAUAUAAUUCAGGCACUGUUAAAUCUCAAAUCGCAAGUUGUUUUUUAAUGUCUCUGAAGAGCAAUGAGGAAAAAGGAAUUCGAGAAACACUUGAUAAUGCUCUGAGGAUAGCAAAAGCCACGGGA